ACACACACACACACACAAACGUACACACAUAUGCAGACAGAGUACGGACAACAGUCAAAGCAAAGCCACGUUUGGGAUUGUCUAAUCUUGCUGCAAAAACUGGAUGCCCCCCAACCGCAGGAGUCAUCCUAAUGGGCCUUCGCCGUUAAUUUACAGCAACAUCUGGUCGACACCACAGUGGUAUCUUUUGGCUCUGAUGGUACGAGCUGAACACUGACCGCUACCUGCCUGAGGACACCUGCUGCCCAAUUCCCUUCAUCAUGUCUGGGAUCCACGCACCAUGGUCGACUGGCACAGAGUGUGUAGCCAAGUACAACUUCCAGACUGCCAACGAACAGGACCUGCCCUUCUGUAAAGGAGAUGUACUGACCAUCAUCGGAGUCACCAGGGAUCCCAACUGGUACAGAGCGAGGAACACAGUGGGCAGAGAGGGCACCAUCCCAGCUAACUAUGUCCAGAAAAGGGAAGGAGUCAAGUCAGGAGGGAAACUCAGUCUUAUGCCCUGGUUUCAUGGGAAGAUAACUCGGGAGCAGGCCGAGCGGCUCCUCUACCCUCCAGAGACGGGCCUGUUCCUGGUGAGGGAGAGCACCAACUAUCCCGGCGAUUACACCCUGUGCGUCAGCUGCGACGGCAAGGUGGAGCACUACCGCAUCAUCUACCACAACGGCAAGCUCACCAUCGACGAGGAGGAGUAUUUUGAGAACCUCAUGCAGCUGGUGGAGCAUUACACCAAAGAUGCUGAUGGCCUUUGUACCAGGCUGAUUAAACCCAAGUUGAUGGAGGGAACAGUGGCAGCGCAAGACGAGUUCUCCAGGAGUGGCUGGGCCUUGAACAGAAAGGAACUUAAACUGAUUCAGACCAUUGGCAAAGGGGAGUUUGGAGAUGUGAUGGUCGGAGACUACAGAGGGACCAAGGUGGCGGUCAAGUGUAUCAAAAAUGACGCCACAGCGCAGGCUUUCAUCGCUGAGGCCUCCGUCAUGACGCAACUGAGGCACAACAACCUGGUGCAGUUGCUAGGGGUAAUUGUUGAGGAGAGGGGCAGUCUCUACAUCGUCACAGAGUACAUGGCCAAGGGCAGCCUAGUGGACUACCUGCGCUCUCGAGGACGGACCGUGCUGGGUGGAGACUGCUUACUCAAGUUCUCACUUGACGUGUGUGAAGCCAUGGAGUACCUGGAGGCCAACAACUUCGUCCACAGAGACCUGGCAGCUCGUAAUGUGCUGGUUUCUGACGACAACAUCGCAAAGGUCAGCGACUUCGGCCUCACCAAGGAGGCCUCCUCCAUACAGGACACUGCCAAGCUGCCCGUCAAGUGGACCUCCCCUGAAGCACUAAGAGAGAAGAGGUUUUCCACCAAGUCGGACGUCUGGAGUUAUGGAAUCCUACUUUGGGAGAUCUACUCCUUUGGGCGCGUGCCUUACCCUAGAAUUCCGUUGAAAGAGGUGGUGCCCCGGGUAGAGAAGGGAUACAAGAUGGACGCCCCAGACGGCUGCCCGCCCGUGGUGUAUGAUCUGAUGAAGCAGUGCUGGACCCUGGACCCCGUGGUGCGGCCCUCCUUCCGCAUGUUGAGGGAGAAGCUGCAGCAUAUCAGAGCCAAGGAGCUCUACCUGUGAAGAGGAGGCGUGGGAG